CCUCACACACACACACUCAACAUGAAACGGAACAAACGGGGCCGCUUCGUGUCGGUGGCGAUGGCCAAGAAGAUGGAGAAGCUGUCGGAGGGGCAGCGGCAGCGGUGGGUCCGGGACCAGCAGCCCCGGCCUGAGGGCGAGGCGGCGGCGGCGGCGGCCACACGAGCGGAUUGUCGCGGGCCGGAGACAGCUGCACCUAUUGUUGUGACCACCAGCUAUUGCCGCCUCUGCCAUGGCAAGUUUUCCUCCAGGAGUUUGCGGAAUGUCUUUGCAAAGGUUCCUCUGAUUGACACAAAUCCAGAGAGGCAGCGAAGAGCACAACAAACUUUCUGUGCCGAUUUCCAGAGGCUGGUUGGCAUUGUGGUUUUUUGCAGCCACUGA